CCCGGGCGGCAUGGCUGUGGCGCGCGGGGGGCGGCGCCCGGGGAAUGGCGGCUCCGCGCUGCGGGUGGCGGUGGUCGGUGCCCGCGGGCUGGGGGCCGCCUGCCUGCGCCUCUGCCGGGCCCUCUGCCGCUUCGCUCGCCAAGCCGCCGCCACGCUCAUGGCCCUCGCCGGCCCGCUGCUGUUCCGCGUGGGGUACAGCCUAUAUGCCCACACACGGCUGGGCUACCUCUUCUACCAGCGGCAGGUGAAGAAGGCCCGGGAGCGGUACCCGCAGGGCCAUUCUGCAUCCCAGCCCUGCCACUUCCCUGGGGUGAAAAUCCUGCCCAUUCCUGUGCUCUCCAGCAACUACAGCUACCUGGUCAUUGACACUGGCUCUGGCCGGGCGGCCGUCAUCGACCCCUCCGACCCAUUGGCUGUGCAGGCUGCCAUUGAAGAAGAGGAGGUAAUACUGGAGGCCAUAUUCUGCACCCACAAACACUGGGACCACAGUGGGGGGAAUGCCAUGCUCCACCAGCGACACAACUCCUGCAAGGUGUAUGGCAGCGCCCUUGAUGCCAUCCCAGAGCUUACCAGCCCACUUGUGGACAGGGAGAAGGUGAGCGUGGGCUGCCUGACCUUUGAGGCUCUUGCCACUCCUGGCCACACUGUGGGCCAUAUGGUGUAUGUGCUGGAUGGGAGGCCCUUUGGUGCACCCCCCUGCCUCUUCUCUGGGGACCUCCUCUUCCUUGCUGGCUGUGGCAGGCUGUUUGAAGGCUCCCCUGAGACUAUGCUUGCUUCCCUGGAUCUGGCUGUGGGCUUGGGUGAGGAUACACUACUGUGGCCAGGCCAUGAGUAUGCGCUGGAGUGCCUGACCUUUGCCAGCCUCCUGGAGCUGGAUAACCCUGCACUGGAGCAGAAGCUGCAAUGGGUGACACAGCAGCGCCAAGAGAAGAGGAGCACGUGCCCCUCCACGCUGGGAGAGGAGCAGACCUACAACCCCUUCCUGCGGACCCACCGUCCAGAGCUGCAGGCAGCGCUGGGACUGUGCCAGGGCCCAGGGGAGCAGCACAACGCCUUCCGUGCCCGUGUCCUCAAGGAGGUGCGCAGGCGCAAGGAUCUCUACAAAGCCACCUAGGACCCCGCUCCCCAGCCCCGUCCUUUCCAGGGGGAUGGGUGCUGAUCAGGCAUGGGAGGCCCAAGGCUGUGGUCAGUUGUCCUGUGAAUCUCCCUCAUGGGUUGCAGGGUUGAAGGGGGAAGAGCAGAUACACCCCUUGCCUUUGUUGGCCCAAACUUGGGGGUCACCAGCUGUGAUGUUGAAGCACCUCGAUCCUCUUUUGGGGGGUCCCUAGGCCCCACCCUUCUGCUGGGUCCGUAAGGAUGGCACCAAGGGCUUAUCCUAACACUACCACCCGCUUUUCUAGGAGCCCCAAAUUUCUACUCCACAAGCACUCAGGGAGUCCUCCUUUCUCCUGGUUGGUAGCCCCCAGUACUGUGUAUUUCCUUUGCUGAGGACAGGGAUGGGAUGGAGCCAGCAAGGAAGAGGGCAAUACUAUCCCCAGGUGAGGGGCUCUUCUCCGGCAUCCGAUGCUUGGUGCCGGACUUCCAAGCCCCCACCCCACCCCCUUCUUGAGCGGGCUGGCACACACACGCAUAAACUGGGAUGGGACCAUGGGGGCUUGCGGGUGGGGUGGGGUGCUGCUGUACUGUGAAUUUAAGCCCCCACACACAAAUAAAAGA